CAGUGGGGCUGAGGGGCUUAUGAGCGAUGGAACAGGCUCUGUGUGCUGAAAUAUCAGCGUUUGGGCUUUUCUGACGAGGAUUCAAGAAAGGCGUUGAAACCAAAAAUGAGCAGCGUCUCGUAACUGGACCAGACAAUGGAAGUAGCUUCAUGCAGCACUAACAAUUCACCCCUGGGAAACAAGAACGCACUAAAUCAGGCUACCUCAGCCAGAGGUAGCUAAAAACUAACGCGUGGCUCGAAAGCGGCACAUUUGUUCAUUGGGAUGCGCGUAAAAAGGCGCGCGGAGGAAAAGAGCAGACGCGUAUGUAUAUUUUCCCAAUGACUUUGGAGACAUUCCGGCGCUCUGAGGAGAUAUAGUGCAUAGUUUCGGAUGUUUUAAAUGUUUGCGAUGGAGCGUCUUUGAAUAUUUUGGCGACUGCGCAUGUAAUGCUGCUAUGGAUCGUCCGGAAUGAACAUCUGAAUUGGUCUCAUCGAGUUUUUUUCCACAGCGCUGCUUCCAGCUGAAAUUCCGCAACCCGCGUGAAACUGGAGCUCCGCUUCACCUGCUCAGCCGCUGUCGGGAAGAUGACCAGCUGCUUGUCUGCAUGCUCUUGAGACUUGUUUGGCCUUUCUGGGAAUCUGAAACAAGCAAAGCACGAAUUGUUCACCUCAGAAGUGAGAGAAGAAGGAAUUGUAGGGUGCACUGAGCUGUAGCGAACUACAUCCACUCAUCUCCAACCUGACACAAUGUUCGCACUCGGGAUUUAUUUGUGGGAAACUAUUGUGUUUUUCAGCUUGGCAGCGUCCCAACAAGCAGCGGCUCGGAAAGCUGCCACCCCAAUGCCCCCGUCAGAAUUCCUGGACAAGCUUAUGGGAAAAGUGUCCGGUUAUGAUGCAAGAAUCAGACCUAAUUUCAAAGGUCCACCUGUGAACGUAACAUGCAACAUUUUUAUUAACAGUUUUGGAUCCAUUGCUGAAACAACAAUGGAUUACAGAGUGAACAUUUUCCUGAGACAGCAGUGGAACGACCCACGGCUGGCCUACAGCGAAUAUCCCGAUGACUCCCUUGACCUUGAUCCCUCCAUGUUGGACUCCAUUUGGAAACCUGAUCUGUUCUUUGCCAAUGAAAAGGGAGCCAAUUUCCACGAGGUUACUACUGACAACAAGCUUUUGAGGAUCUCCAAAAACGGGAAUGUAUUGUACAGUAUAAGAAUAACACUGAUUCUGGCCUGCCCCAUGGACCUGAAGAAUUUCCCUAUGGAUGUGCAGACCUGUAUAAUGCAGCUGGAGAGCUUUGGCUACACGAUGAAUGAUCUUAUAUUCGAGUGGGACGAAAAGGGAGCCGUGCAGGUAGCAGACGGACUGACUUUACCUCAGUUUAUAAUGAAGGAAGAGAAGGAUCUGCGCUACUGCACCAAGCACUACAACACAGGGAAGUUCACCUGCAUAGAGGCUCGUUUCCACCUGGAGAGACAGAUGGGCUAUUAUCUGAUCCAGAUGUACAUUCCCAGUCUCCUGAUCGUCAUUUUGUCUUGGGUGUCCUUCUGGAUCAACAUGGAUGCUGCCCCUGCCCGUGUAGGUUUGGGCAUCACUACUGUGCUGACCAUGACCACCCAGAGCUCAGGAUCAAGAGCUUCUCUUCCUAAGGUCUCGUAUGUGAAAGCCAUUGACAUUUGGAUGGCAGUGUGCCUUCUCUUUGUCUUCUCUGCUCUGCUGGAGUAUGCGGCAGUCAACUUCAUUGCACGCCAACACAAGGAGCUGCUGCGCUUCCAGAGGAGGAGAAGGCAUGUUAAGGAGGACGAGACGGGAGACGGCCGAUUCAGCUUCGCCGCCUAUGGCAUGGGUCCUGCGUGCCUCCAGGCCAAAGACGGCAUGGCCAUCAAGGGCAACAACAACAACGCGCCCAGCUCCGCCAACCCCCCUGAGAAGAGCGUGGAGGAAAUGCGCAAGCUCUUCAUCAGCCGCGCCAAACGAAUCGACACGGUGUCACGCGUAGCCUUUCCACUGGUCUUCCUCAUUUUUAACAUUUUUUACUGGAUCAUUUACAAGAUCAUACGCAGCGAGGAUGUUCACAAGCAGUAAAGAGAUGCAAAUACACCCUCCUCCAUGCCCCUCCCCACGUCCCACCGUGCCCGCCUUUCUCUCACUGCAGCCCUCUCACUCGAGUCCCCAGCAGAGGUAUUUAUUCCUUUUUUUCGUCUCUUUCUUUCCUGUCCUCCUGAAUAAUCCGGACCUGUGCAAUAGCAAUGCAGUAAAAUGCAUGAUAUAUGAAUGUGGCAAUAUA